AUGUGGGAGCACAAACCCGAGGAAGCGGGGCUCGUCCUCAACUUCUUCCGCUCCACCUUGGCCGGAAUGUGGAUGCGACUCUUCAAGCUGUCCAUGGACAAGAUCCCUAAGGAAGAGGAGGACCUCGGCUUCGAGGUCGGCUAUGAUGCCCCACCGAACUGGGCAUCCAAGAUGCAGCAGAUGCAGUGCCCGGCCCCACUGCCAGAGGAGGAGAGAACCUCUCUGCUCACGGCGCUCCUAAGAGUAUUCCGAUCUGCUUAUGGAUCUGGUUCGACACAGAAACGAGCCAAAUUUCUCGUCGUCGGUAAGAGCGCCUUCCGCACCGCCCGCCCGGUUGCCGUCGCCGCUCGCGUCGCUCGACCGCUCGUUGCUCACUCUGCCCGACCAUCGCCGUCGUUCGCCUCACCUACUCGUACGUCGUCACCGCUCAGCCAACCCUUCUGCCGCCCGUCCCGGUCGCUCGGCCGCUUGCCUGGGAUGAGGAGGAGAGAGGGCGCGUCCCAGGAGGAGGGGAGGAGGCGGAAGGAUAUGGCACGUGGCCGCGGAGGAGCUGCCAUCGGCCGGCAAGAAUUCCUCUGGACGAUUGUCUGGCGCAAGGAUGAGGGAUGUUGCUCGACCUAUGUGAAUAUUUACUCAAAUGUGCUGCUGAAGAGUAUUCCAGUUGUUAUUGGUGAACAUGUUUGACUGAAUGUCACACAUCAGUGGAUUCAAGCGAUCGGCGGCACGGGGCAUCCACAUAAGGCGAUUGGCGGCACACGAGGUCGAGGCGAUGGGCGGUAAUCCGUGAUGUGUUUGGUUCGACAAAGGGUUGGUUUCCCAAACCAGAGCGUCAGAAAAGAAGUGAGGAGAAGGGAGAGGCCCGGCCGGCGUGCCUACUUGCAAUGAAGAAGGGGGAAGUCAGGCAAGCGUGGCUGCUCGCGACGGGGAUGGGGAGAGCUCCGCUACCAGCGUGGCUGCUAGCGACGGAGAAGGGGGGAUCCGGCUAGAGUUGUUGCUCGCGAGAAGGAGGAGGCCCGGCCGGUGCUGCUGCUCAUGGUAGGGAUGGGGGAUGUUCGGGGAGACGGUGGAAAACUGUCGAACCAAACGCGUCGAUAAAUCUUUGGUAUUUCUUGCACAUUAGUAUGCACCAUGAACUUCUGCAUGUGAUGAUACAAGACCCCAUUCAUGUGGAAUCGGUUGCAUGAGCAGUCAUAUGAGCUAGCAACUGGGUCGACAAUAACAAUAUGAAUUUUCUUGGAACUAGGAUCAUUACGCCGUGGCUCGAACUGAAAC